AUGAGUCGGACACCUUGGACAAAACCCACCUCAUCUUUCCCUUCGGAUAGAAUCAAACCGAAACCGUCUCCGAACCCAACACAGUCCAAAAAUAAAGGAAAAGGAAACCAGCAGCGCGAUGACGAACCACCUAAAAGCAAACCCGUACGCAAGCUUGAGAAGCUACUCUCAGGAAUAAGAAAGAGUAAGCUUGAUGAAAGGGACCCGAAAGGAGGGUGUUUUUGUCUUGCUCGUACGCAUGAGCUGUCUCCGUACACGCCGUUGUGUCGUUCGUGCGGGCUCAUUUUAUGUUCCCUGAACGCGCCGUACUAUGCAUGUCCACACUGUACUGAACCUCUUAUCACCGCUUCUUCUUCACCAUCCACAUCACGAUCAAUAUCGCGGGACGCUCUCGUUGCACAAAUCGAGGCCGAAUUGGAGUCCACUCUUGCGGCAGAACAGGCAGCGCGAGAACGGGAGAUAGAACAGGCCAGGAUAGAGGCUGGCGCAUUCCCAAUGCUUCGCGGCGGAAAUGGAUCUGGGACUGCGUCACCCUCACCUGCAGCGAACAGGAUGGCUGCUGCAUCGGCACCUCCCUCACGCCAGUCCCAACCCCAAUCCCAGACGCACAAAGUCAUGUCCCUCACAUCCAAACCAGGGAACGCGCGUGGUCGCGUGGUGGUCUCCUCAUACACUACUGUCACCACACCAGUGCCUUCUCGGCCUAGUUCUCGCAAUGCUAACGUGGAUGACCUGGAGGAGGGUAUAGCACCACGAGUACCAGCACCCAUUCCAUUAUCCAAGGAAGUGGCGCCUCCGCCAACCAAAGAACGGCCCUGGCUGAAUUACGUUCAUGGACCAGUGACGUACAAACCACCUUUGCGAGUUGACGAUGAGCGUGGUACCGUCGCUGGAACAUCGUCAUCCAAGCGUAGAAGGGGUAAGGCGAAAGUGAAAAAUGAUGAUGGCGGGUCAGCAGCAAAGGGAUAG